AUGGUUGCGUCGCCAUUCCUCGCCGUCGCGUUGGCGGUUUUGGCCAUUCGCAGCGUUAAUGCUGGGCCGUGCCGUCCCUCAUCCGUCUCAACCACUGAGGGCUCUAUGUCAAGCAGCCCAGAAACCACGCUUGCUUUUACCACCACUGCUGAGCUUUCUGUCACUGCAACGCAAACGGCAACUUCUUCUGAUGCUGUCUCUUUAUCUGAGACUUUGGUCGAUGCCACCACGACUACCCAAGCCGUUCAAGACACCACCACAACAACAGCCGACGAGACUACACCCGCCACUGAGCCUCCUGCCACCACAACUGGAGCAGCCUCUGUCUCCGACGAUUCUUCAACUUCUGUGACUCUGAGCGAUGACACCACGACCCUCCUUGCCACCACUACGACUACUCAGGCUGUCGAAGACACCACGACGAUAACCCCAGCUACGACAACUACCACUACAGCUGCUGGGCCGGACGAGUGCCCUCUGAACGCCGAAUGCGAGGCUAUAUACGGCUUGGCCAAGCCCAUUUGCGAUGUCGGCACUUGCGUCCCAGACAACAACCAGCCCGCCCCAUGCACCGAUGACACCGAAUGUACUACCCCCGGUGAAUUCUGCUCGGACUCUGGUUUCUGUCAAGUCCCAUCAGAGCCCUGUAUUGACGAAACCGACUGUCUACUUUCUCUCAACCCUAUUUGUGUUCUAGGACUCUGCGACUGCCCCACAUCGACAGGUGUAUGCACACCACGGUCUGAGCUGCAACUCUGCCAGUCAAAUGCUGGGUGUUCUGCUGGCGCUACCUGCCAGCAGGGUAUCUGUGUUGAUCCGAUUAGCUGCGGUAGUCCUUCUGAUUGCGAUAACAACUUGGAUGUGUGUGUUUUGCCUGGCGUUUGUGCCUGCCAGAAUGGUGUAUGCGUCAUUAGUGUUUAG